CUUUGACUGUAUUGCGCAUGCGCGGGGGACACAUAAUCCAUAUGGUUGUUCAAGUUUCUUUCGUUCUGUAGUAGUGUGUCCAGUAGGGACUAAGUUGUUUCCAGGACGACGAUGAUAUGAAGAAAGAGGAGAUUCCUGUAGUACAGAACCCAGGAAGUUUGUAGUUGGAAUCUGUUUUAGCAGCUGAUUGCGAGGCUGUGCGGAUUGGCAUUGCACUUGUCAACUCUGGACAUGGGUUUGUCAGAACAUGACGAUAUCAAUGUGCAGGAGGCUGAUGAGGAUGAGGAUGUCAACAAAGUGUCCAACUCCAAGGAGGUGACAGUUGGUCCUGGAGAGCACCCGUUGCAGUUCAGGUACACCUUCUGGUACUCUCGUAGAACGCCUUCCAGACCGGCAAGUACCCACAACUAUGAGCAGAAUAUCCGGCAGUUUGGUACUGUGGCAUCAGUAGAGCAGUUUUGGAAAGUUUACAGCCACAUAGUACGACCUGGAGACCUGACAGGAUACAGUGACUUUCAUCUCUUCAAAGAUGGAAUCAAACCAAUGUGGGAGGAUGAAGCCAAUAAACAUGGUGGAAAGUGGAUUAUCCGUCUGCGAAAGGGUCUAGCCUCUCGAUUCUGGGAAAAUAUUAUCCUUGCUAUGGUUGGGGAGCAGUUUAUGGUGGGCGAGGAAAUCUGUGGGGUAGUCGUGUCAAUACGGUUUCAGGAAGACAUCCUUUCUAUUUGGAACAAGACUGCUAAUGAUCAGCUGAGCACAGUGAGAAUUCGUGAUACACUAAAAAGAGUUUUAAAUCUUCCUCCAAAUACAAUAAUGGAAUACAAGACGCACACAGAUAGUCUUAAAGACAACUCCAGUUUUCGGAACACCAAAAUUACCUUAUAAAAUUCAGCAUCCAUUUAAUACUUUUGUAACCAUAGUGGCCUCAACCUAUUAAUAGAAGUAAUUGUAUUAUUUUUUUUUAUUAUUAAAUUAAUAAACUUGAUAUUUUACUAUUACUUCCAUGGCUUUUUAUUACCCUCAACGUUGUAACCUUUUGUUGGAUCUUGAAAGAUGUCGAAUGCAGCAAUGGAUCUACAGUGUUUUCUACUCAAAUUAUUAACUCCACUUUACCGUGGAAGAAGUAAUAAAGGAAAUGUGAAUUAUAUGUGACCUGGUGAUGAAGGAAUUCCUUUAUAAUGAUAUUGUUGAUGUUAUGCGGGAGGCAUGGAGAGAGAAUAUAACCUUUUAUUUAAGAACAUGUGGAUGAAAUAAUGGAUUGCAGACAUUACUUGUUAAUAAAUAAUUUUCUAUUA